GACGAUCUCGAGGAUGGCUUGGCGUGCGAAUACUUCUACGGCCAGUCGCAGUGCCACAUCACAGAUCUCGCAGCCCGGAUACCUGUCCACAAGGGGAGUGUGCCGGAGAUCUUCAUGGAGAACGGGCGCUUCCCAGGACUACGCCAACACGACGACUUCUGCAUCAGGUGCACAGGUCGCCUGCUGACGAAAACACCGGGAGACUACAAGUUCUUCUUGAGCUCAGACGACGGAUCUCUCUUGUACCUGAACGGGGAGAAGAUCGUGGACAACAACGGCUGCCAUGGCGCCGAAACCGAAAAGUCCAGCCAGGACAAGUUCCUCGGGCGGAACGUCCACAGUCUUGUGGUGGAGAUGUGCGAGGUGGGCGAUGGCGAG